AGCUUUAAUCUCUACCAUGUAAACUCAGGAUAGAGUUAAUUAAUUAAUUAACCUUGUCUUUAUAUUGCUGAAAGCAUUUCUCUCGUAAUUAUCGAUCGUCAAUAUACAAACACUCAUUGCUGACUGAUCAGGCCGGCCUCUGGUUUCGUAUAUAUGUAAUUUUCUUUUGGUUCAGCUAUAUAUUUAAGGGUCCAUAUCACCUAAAUAAUUCUUCCUUUCCUUUUUGUAAAUGAGUGUCCCUUUUUGUUUUUGAGUUAGAGUUUGCUGAGAAAUACAUAUGGUGAACUUAGAAUCUGAGAUGGAGGUUAAUGAGAUAGCGCAGGUCCUGCUGCAGAUCCAAGAUGAGGAAGUCUUUCCGCGACAGAAGUUCCAGGCUCAUGCCCCGCCGCCAGAGGCGCCGGCUCAUGAGCUGGAACAGUUUAAAAGAAGACUUGCUGGUUUGGAUUUCCCAAGCAAAGUUUUUGAGGUGGUGGACUAUCCUCCAUUGGAUUACUGCAUUCGUUGGAACACUGAAGGCACAGGCCUGCAGAUUGUGUCGGACGCUGAUUUCCGCAAGGUUGCUUUAAACCUUCUGUGUCAGGGAAGUUUUUCCAGCCUUACCAGGCAGCUUCAGGCUUAUGGGUUCAAGAAAAAUACAAAAUCCAGGUGCAAGCACGAGUACAGUCAUGAAAAAGGGUACUUCCUCAGAGCCCAAAAACAAAAGUUGAAGAAAAUCUGCCGCAAGCCACCACAGGCCACCGGGAAGACUCCGGGAGAGGGAAGGGAGGACCCAUUGCUCAAUGUGGAAGGGCGACUGACCUCUCUGGAGGCAAAGAUUGUUAAAAGCAAGAGAGAAUUGUAACUGAAAGCUUACUGAGCAAUUCGACUCAAAAGCUUAUCUUAUUUCCUCUGUUUCAAUUACAUAUAUAG